AUGGACUCAACAUACACCAUGGGACCGACCUCGGUGCAAGGACAGCCAUUCGCAUACUAUCCCGACUCACAGAGACAGCAAGGUCACUACCAGUCAGACGUCCCAUACUACAGCCAAAUGCAGUAUGGACAAGAGCAACCACUCUACUCUCCCCAGCCCAUGAUGAACAUGCACCAGAUGGCCACCACCAAUGCCUUCCGAGGAGCUACCAUGAGCUUGACACCAAUUGCCUCUCCCCAGCCCUCGCAAAUGAAGCCCACCAUCAUUGUGCAGCAGGGCUCUCCUGGCUUGAUGCCCUUGGACACUCGCUUUAUUGGUCACGACAUGUACUCAUUCCCCUCAACUCCUCCACUGUCAGCCUCCGGAAGCACCAUCAGCAGCCCCCCGUCUGCCCAUGGCGCGCUACCAACCCCGAUUCACGACACAUUCUUUACCUUCGACAAGGUGGAGGGUGUCAAGGAGGGAUGCGAGACCGAUGUCCACCAGGAAAUUCUGGCCACCCCGGAGUGGGCGCGUUCCGAUUCGCCUCCGAUGACGCCUGUCUUCAUUCACCCACCUUCUCUUACUCACAUCCACUCCUCAGACCUUCUGUCUGCAACAUCAUGCCCCUCGCUUUCCCCCUCCCCCUCACCCGUGCCCACCGACAUUCUUUCCUCCCAGACUCUUGGGUCUAGCCAGUCUUUCUGCGAUCCGCGUCAGCUCACCGUUGAGCCCUGUGUCAAUGUUCAUGCACAGGAUCUGCCUCCUCUGCCGAAUCUCUCAUGUGAGGAGGAGGAGGAGCCCGCGCCGUUGUUGGCAGACCCUCUGAGCUCGCUGCCGACUUUCGACAGCUUCUCAGACCUCGAUUCUGAUGAUGAGUUGAAUCGCCUGGUGGAAUUCCACCCUGCCGCUAAUGCCGUCUACAUGGGUGGCAAGCGCCAGCGUGUGCACGCCUACCCGGUAGAGGAUGAUGGUUUCCUGAGCGAACACAGCCUCGAAGACUCGGAUGACUCCGAGAAUUUCAUGCCCAAUGGUUUGCCAUCCUUCGAGUGGACCCAGACUGCCCAGCCUCAGGCUGAGAGCGAGGACGAACCUAUUGAGGAGCCUAAGACCAAGAAGCGUAGCAACCGCAAGUCCCGAAAGAUUGCCGCUGACGAAGAGGCUGAAGCAAAGGCGCUGGCCGCCUGCGAGUCCUCUGGCGACUGCUGCUCUGAUGACGGAUCAGUUGAUGACUCAGAGUCUGCUCCCAUCUCGGUCAACCGCCGGGGUCGCAAGCAGUCUUUGACUGAGGACCCUUCCAAGACCUUCGUCUGCACCCUGUGCUCCCGUCGCUUCCGUCGCCAGGAACACCUCAAGCGCCACUACCGUUCUCUCCACACCCAGGACAAGCCGUUCGAGUGCAACGAGUGCGGCAAGAAGUUCUCCCGCAGUGACAACCUCGCUCAGCACGCCCGCACCCAUGGUGGUGGCUCCAUUGUCAUGGGCAUCCUGGAUGCAAGCGAUGCCGGUUCUGUCUCCUUCGAUGAUCAACAUGACGCUGGUGCCCUUGGCCAAGUCAUGUACGAGGCUGCCCGGUCGACUGAAGUCACCGGUACUCCCUCUGUGGAUCGCCGAGCGGCGAAGAAGCGCAAGCGUGACUUGUCCUAA